AUGAUCACUUUAUCAUUCGACACAUCUGCGGUCGAGGUGAUAACAGCGGCAACAGCGCCAACAUCGGUAGAAGCGGCAUCAGCGAACUCUAGAGCUCUCAAACUGGGCGAUCGUAGCCCACAAAAGACGGAGGACAGAUGCUAUCACGAUUUCCUGGGAAGCAUGUGCUUGCGCUUCUUCAACAAACUAGCAACCAAGUCUUUCUUCAGCGAGCAGGCAAGCACUUCAUUAUCUUCCUCCGCGGUGGACUACGAUUUGAUCGUUAUUGGAGGUGGAUCCGGUGGCUUAUCCUGCUCCAAAGCUGCUGCCGACUAUGGUGCUCGCGUCGCUCUGGUAGAUGGUGUAACUCCCAGCCCACAUGGCACCACUUGGGGUAUUGGAGGAACCGGUGCCAACGUAGGGUGCAUUCCCAAGAAACUGAUGCAUCAUGCAGGCCUAGUAGGAAGAGAGAUACGCCAUGCGCCGAAGUACGGAUGGGCGGAGGCGAAUGGAGAACAACAUUCUUGGGAGACAUUGAUCAAGGCUGUCGAUGAUCGAAUCAAAGCUAACAGCUGGAUCUACCGAGUACAACUAAGUGAAAAGGGUAUAGAAGUGUACACAGCUCUUGCGUCUUUCAUGGACAAGCAUACCGUAAAAGCAGUGUCUACUGAUGGUAAAAGAUCCGAGACAAUCUUGCGCGCACCUCAUGUUGUCAUCGCUACUGGUCUUCGCCCACGUUAUCCGGAUAUUCCAGGAAAAGAGCUCGGUAUCACCACGGAUGACCUGUUCUGGAUGCCAAAGUCGCCUGGAAAGUCCUUGGUAGUUGGUGCAGGUUUUGUGGGAUUAGAAAUUGCUGGAUUACUAGUCGACCUUGGGAUCCCUGUAGAUUUGGCGAUCAGGUCACAACCUCUACAGAAACAUGAUCAGGAUUGCGUAAAGUUGGUUAUGGACGGCCUAAAACAGCAUGGUGUCAACGUGAUAUAUAACAAAGAAGUCAAAAAGGUGGAAAAGAGCGGAGGCGAUAAAAAGAAGGUCACUUUCAAGGACGUCUUGGUCAGCGAAGAACUUUCGCAUGACGAAUAUGAUACCGUAAUCUGGGCUGUAGGACGAAAUCCACAACAUGGCGAUCUGAAUUUAGCGGCAGCUGGUGUGAAGAUUGACUCUCGCACUUCUCGGAUUAUCGUCGACAGUAAAGACCAAACCUCUGCUGAUAAUAUAUACGCUAUUGGAGAUAUCGCCUUGGGUCGUCCUGAGCUCGCGCCUACGGCGAUUCGGAGUGGUCAGCUGUUGGCGCAGCGAUUAUUCAAUGGUGGUCGAAAACUUAUGGAUAACCUUCAUCCUCCCACUACUGUAUUUACUCCCUUGGAACUUGGCACGGUUGGACUCACCGAAAAAUUUGCUGAAGAGCUGUUUGGAGCGGAAAAUAUUGAGGUGUACCAUUCCCAUUUCACUCCAUAUGAACACGUCAUUCCACAAGAUGAAGAUUCUACGCAUUGUUACGCUAAGGUUGUAUGCUUGAGAGAAGAACCAAGAACCGUACUUGGCAUGCAUAUUGUCGGGCCUAAUGCGGCAGAAAUUAUUCAAGGUUAUGCGAUUGCUGUAAAAGCUGGAAUAACCUUUGAUCAGUUGACUGAUACAAUUGCGAUUCACCCAUGUAGCUCGGAAGAGUUUGUGAAGAUGCAGAUCACAAAACGAUCAGGAAAGGACCCCAGGAUGGCCUCUGUAGAGGUUGCAGAACCUCAAAGCACUCAAUUUGAAUCGGAUAACGAGGAAGGUCGUUGUACACCAUCACCUGAAGUGAAGAAAAGAAGGGUCUCUAUUUCCUGUAUGCAGUCUGAUGUGAUGAAAGGAAGUGAAGCAGAUUACGGCGAUUUCGUUCUCGAUAGAACCGAGUCCGUCACUUUGGAGAUUGACGAUGUCAGGACCUUGGAUAGUGCGUCCUCAAGUAUAGACAGUUCGCAAUGGAAAGAUAAAAUACUCGCAUCUCUCUUGACGGGACAAGAGAACCAGAAUGGCAGCCCAGAUGCUAAGAAAACUACCCCCAAAAGAAAUAACGGAUGUUUUAACUGUGACGGAAACCAUCACCUGAAUGAGUGUCCUGAACCAAAAGACUUCAAGAAAAUCAGGCAACGCCAGACUGAGAUGCGUAACAGAAGCAGUAAUACUCCACGAUAUCUUGACAGUCAGUCGACAGAGAAGAAAUUUCGUGCUGGUCGGAUAAGCGACAAUUUGAGGAAAGCUCUUGGUAUAGGUCACCAUGACAUCCCAGAAUAUGUUUACCGAAUGCGUAGGAUGGGUUUUAUUCGUGGAUAUCCGCCUGGCUACCUGAGAAAGGCUAUCGACCGGGAUGAUUCUAAUGACGUGUUGAAAUUCCACAUGGUAGACGAAAUGGCCACUGAUUCUGACGAGAUAGUUGAGCGUCCUGAUUCUCCACCUCCUAAAAUAAAUGCUGAUAAGAUGAUAUAUUACUGCGGCUUCAAUCAGACUUACCGUGACCUAAGAGAUUUGGAGAAUUUUCGUGUACCACCUUUUUUGGACUUUGUUGCAUAUCAUCAAGAAACGUUGAUCAAAGAGCAUAAGAGAAAGAUGGAAGAACGAAGGAGAUUGCGCGAGCGAAUGGCAAGAAUAGCCAAGAAGCGUGAAGCAGAAGUAUUGGAAGAAGGAGAGAUAAUCAUUCUUGAUCCGCCGCCACCGCCGCCACCUAUACUUAGUGUAGACGAUGACGACUGCAUCGUCAUUGAUUGUGAACCUAGAGAGACUCCUUCACCUCCCAUCGAAGAUGUCACUCCCAUGGGUUCUUCUGCUGGAGUGGUCAAAGGAACGCCUGUCCUAAUGCGUCGGCGCGGUGAAGGCGCAGGCGAGGUUGUAGAAGAGUCGAAACCUUCUUUAGAAAGUUUCAGCAAAGGGAUUGUGCCCUUCGAAGCGCAUGAGGAGGAAACACCUCAUAAAGGUUUCUUGAAGAAGAUAAUGGGGAAGUUAAAGAAAUUUUCAAGCACAUCGCAUUGAUGCGAUGACUCAUAGAUACUCACGA